UAGAAAAGUACAUGAUCAAUGUAGAACACAGAGACAGGGUUAAACUAGGCAGCAAAAGGCAGUAUAGUGUUAGUUUAAAACAUAGGCAGCAAGUAAUAGCUAGUGUACAGCUGAGUCGGAAGCAGAGGCUGGAGAGGUCUGUAGAUUUUGGUUUUGUCAUGGAUAGUUUUUUGGAUAAGGUUAGACACGGACCGGAUUUCGUGUGUAGUGUUUGUCAUAGGCUACAGUUUAAAUAUCAGGUGCUGCGCUGUGAGAAGGAAGUAUAUGCAGCACGUUUAGCAACGGCAGGCAUUGCAAAUAAUUGCAUUAGUGAGCAUUAUCUGCAUAGUUGUGAUGAUAAGUGUGUUGAGCCCUGUCCCAUUGUUGAGUCCAGAGGUCAGUUGUGGAUUUGUUUUACUUGUCAUAGUAAGAUCAGUAAAGGUCAAUUCCCAGCUGAAUGUUGGAACAAUAACUUAGCUGUACACCCCAUUCCUCCAGAACUGGGAUGUCUGAAUAGCUUAGAGCAGCACCUGUUAGCUUUACGCAUCCCUUUUAUGAAGGCGUUGGCGUUGCCUAAGGGUGGUCAGAAUGGUGUACAUGGGCCUGUUACUUGUGUUCCGGCCAACAUUGUACAAACCACCAAUGUGUUGCCGCGGUCCAGUACGGAGGGGUCUCUGCUUCAAGUUAAGUUAAAGCGGAAAUUAACCUACAAAGGACACUACGAGUAUCAAUUUGUUGACUCGUGGCGUGUCAGGCGUGCUAUAGAUUACUUAAAGAGAACUAAUGUCUUGUAUAAAGACAUUGAGUUCAACGAGGAAUGGUCAAAUGAUUUUUGUAGGGAGGAAGAGGUUGUUGUAGAGGCUGGUCAGGGUAAGCAGGUUGUUGUUGACACACAGUCCAGUGAGGAUGAGGCUGUAGAGCAGGAAAUUGGGGCAGAAGAGGAAUCCGAAGACAUAGUACAAGAUGAAAUGUUACAUGACAGACAACAGCACUGCAUGUUUCAGGACACUUGUCUUAUGCCUGUUGAUAUCGGUCAGGAAGCAUUAGAUCAGUAUUUUGCGGAUGUUGUAUGUCUGGCCCCCGCGGAAGGUAAUAGUCCGGUUAGAAUGCUUUCUGACAAAUUAAAUGAGGCGAAGUGUUUCCCUGUGCUGUUUCCGACGAGCACAAAUACAUUCCACACCCGCCGCACGCAUCGCUUAACAUUGUCGCGCUACUUUAAUAAUCGGAUAAUGCACGCCGACGGCCGUUUUGCGCACAAUGUGGAAUACAUAUUCUUUAGCCAGUAUAUGUCCGAAUUACACCAAGUGAUAAGUAGUAUUUCGGUCGCCAUGCGUAAAGGUAAGGGGGGUCAGCAUUCUCAGCGGAUUUCCCCGGGCAUGCUCAAAGACGACGAGUCUCUGAAGCGCUUGCUACAGUUCGAUGAUGGUUUUCGUUUCCUUCGGCCCAUUCGCGGGACGCCAGCUUUUUGGUCUUCCGUUCAGAAAGACCUUUUGGCUUGUGUCCGCCAAUUGGGGAUUCCUACAUGGUUCUGCUCUUUUUCUUCUGCUGAUUUGCGCUGGCAAAAUCUCCUUGCCAGCAUCCUGAGACAGGAAGGCAGACAGCAGACAGUAGAACAGUUAGAGUGGGCCGAUAGGUGCGAGCUGUUGCGUCGCAACCCGGUCACAGCCGCGAGGAUGUUUGACUACAGGUGGCACUGUUUUUUGAAGGAAGUACUCAUGUCCCCAUCUCAACCAGUUGGCAAGAUUGUAGAUUUCUUUUAUCGCAUUGAGUUCCAGCAGCGUGGGUCCCCCCAUGUUCAUGCGCUGUUUUGGAUUGAGGGAGCUCCCCAAAUUUAUAAAAACACAGAUGUAGAAGUUGCAGAGUUUGUUGAUAAAUAUGUGACAUGUGAGCUACCCUCUGGCGAUGACACACUAUUGGAAGUUGUGUCAUCCGUUCAAACGCAUUCAAAACGGCAUUCAAAGUCAUGUCGUAAAAAUAAAACGGUAUGUCGUUUCAAUUUUCCUAAACCCAUCUCUGCACGCACGUUCAUCUGCAAAAUCAAAGAAUGUGUUUGUCCUAAAAAGGGAACGGGGACAGAGGGUGAUCGCACUUCAGAAAACAGGCCAAAGUGCACCUGUUUUGACGAUGAGGGAAGGAAGAUGCCAAAGGAGGUUGCGAAGAUGUUUAUGGAGAGAGUAAAGAAUGCCAUGGGGAGGGAGGAGCCUUUUGGUAGUGUAGAAGAGUUGUUUGCCAGUGUGGGCAUCAACCAGGAAGUCUUUGAGCUCGCUUAUAGGCGGCUGGAGACUAAGAAUAAGGUGGUUUAUAGGCGAGGGGUAAACGACACCUGGGUUAACCAGUAUAAUAGGAAUCUAUUGAAGUGUUGGAACGCUAACAUGGACAUUAGCUUUGUCACUGACGCCUACGCAGUCAUCAUAUACAUCAUAAAGUACAUCACAAAAUCAGAGACCGAAAUGGGUCUGUUAUUGAGCAAUGCCCUUAAGGAAGCAAAUAAACUAGGAAAUCUCUCUGCUAAAGACGCUCUAAAGAAACUGGGCAGUGUAUAUUUACACAACAGAGAUGUCUGCGCUCAGGAGGCAGUGUAUAGGCUAAUGAGCAUGCAUUUGAAAGAAUGUUCCAGGAAGGUCGUGUUUAUUCCAACAGGGAAUAACAUUGUGCGGAUGAGUUUACCCCUCAGUGUGUUGUUGCAAAGGGCUUCCUCAGAGGGCCUUAGGUCCGAAAACAUGUGGAUGACAAGCAUUGUCGAGAGGUAUAAGAACAGGCCCGAUAGUGUCGUGUUUGAGGAUAUGUGCAUAGCCACGUUUUGUUCGGAGUAUCGUAUUCUCAGCCAGAAUGAAAACUCGGACAAUAAAAUCGAACUUCAAGGGGGUUUAGGGUUCGUCUUGCGCAGAACACGAACGCAGUUUGCCGUCGUUCGCUACAUGCGGUUCAAAUUGGAGAAACAGGAGGAAGCCCACUUUCAGAGUUUGCUGCAGUUGUUCCUUCCUUAUAGAACUGAUUUAGAGCUCAAGCCGGAAGGCUUUGAGUUCUACAAACAGUUCCACGAGGAAGGUAAUGUGACGUCGGCUGGCGGGACCGAGCGGCCAGUGCGAGACGUCGUCGAUGAAAACAGGGCAAAGUUUGAAGUGGACUGUCCUCGAUUAGAGCGUGCGCAGGAGAUUGCGGACAUGUUGGGCGGUGUCGACGAGGAUGCGUGGGGGGACCUUUGUCCUGAACAGCAAGUCGAACACAUGGAAUGUUUAGAGGAGAGGCGGCUGCAGCAGCAGGGGGAAAUUAGGGACGAGCAGCUAGUUGAAUUGGAGGAAAAUGUCCCCGAUUUGUUUGUUGGUGGUAAACAAGUAGCUACAAUCGAGAGAAACACCAACAUUUUGCCUAGAAGGGAGGGUUUAGCUCUGGUCCAUUCUCUCAAUGAGACGCAGAGGAGCAUUUUUGAUAGGAUUAGGAAAUGGUGCCUAGAAAAGGUGAUGGGAAAAACCCCAGAACCUUUCCAUGUGUUCGUAACUGGUGGGGCAGGUACUGGAAAAAGCCAUUUGAUUAGAGCUAUCCAGUACGAGGCAGGGAGACUAUUGUCGCGUCUGUACCAACCGGAUGAAACCUGCGUACUCUUAACUGCUCCCACAGGCAUCGCUGCAUACAGUUUACAUGCAGCCACAAUUCACCACACCUUUAGUAUUGGCAUGCAGGUUAGUUUACCGUAUAUCCCUCUGGGUGAAGAUAAGAUCAACUCCUUGAGGGCUCAAUUUGGUCACCUACAAAUUCUAAUCAUUGACGAAAUCAGUAUGGUAGAUCAUCAUCUUUUAGCUUAUGUGCAUGGCCGGUUAAGGCAAAUUAAACAGACGGGGGACUUUUCUCCAUUUGGCAACGUUAGUGUUGUAGCUGUUGGUGACUUUUAUCAGUUGCCGCCCGUUAAAGGGAGGCCGCUGUACACCUGUCAGGUGGGUGUGGACCUCUGGUGUCAUUUCACAAAGGUAGAACUAAAAACAGUUGUGAGGCAAAAAGAUAGUGUCUUUUCUGAGCUGCUAAAUAGACUUAGAGUUCGGUCAAAGGAAACCCCCUUAUCGCAAAGCGACGUCGAUAUCCUCAAGUCUCGGGAGACGGGGGAACAGAGCGCUGCUUUGCAUAUUUAUCCCACGAAUAUGCAAGCCAGCGAGCAUAAUCUGAAGCGGUUAUUCGCAACCUGUCCAGAUUAUGUUACAAUUGAGGCCCAAGAUUUUAUUAACAGCAGGAAGACGGGUGAAUUAGAGCGCGUGGUCGGGCAUCACGGUAAAACGUCGUACACGUGUUUGGCCAAGAGUUUGUGUUUAGCUCCGGAAGCACGUGUCAUGCUUUGUAAAAAUGUUGCUGUGGCAGACGGUCUGGUCAAUGGCGCAUGUGGAACGGUGACUUAUAUUCAAUUUGGAGCAGAUGAAGACUUCCCCCUCGUAGUCUAUGUCAAAUUUGAUGAUCCUAAGAUAGGCUCACAAAGGAGAAAGGAACGUUCCCAUGCUGCUGUAGAAUGCCCGCAUUCUACUGCCAUUGACCCCGUGGAGGAUUCGGCGACAAAACGCGGCGGUUUGCGUCGUCAGUUUCCUCUUAAACUCGCGUGGGCCUGCACUGUUCACAAAGUGCAAGGUCUAACUGUCGACGAGGCUGUCGUGUGUUUACACAAGAUUUUUGCAGCUGGCCAGGCGUAUGUCGCCCUCAGUCGUGUUAGGGAUAUAUCCGGCCUUGUGAUUACAGAUUUUGAGGAAAAGGCCAUUUACUGCAAGCACACCGUCAAGGGGGCAUUGGAUAGCAUGCCCCCAUUCCUACUUGAACAGCCACAGCCUUCAUUAGAAACUCCCUGUUUCUCUGUGUAUUUGCUUAACGUCCAAAAUUUACGUUGCCACGUCGCUCAUUUGGUGUCUUGUACGCAGCAUUUACAGCCUACCUGUAUUGCUGUCACAGAGACGUGGCUCAGUGCACAAUCCUCAACAGACUGUGUCCAAAUAGAGGGAUACACUUUCCACAGUCGUCCUCGAGCCUUGUGUUACAGCAGCAAUGAUGUCAAAUUAUCUGAGAUUAGAGAUCUCGAACAUGGCGGAGUGGGAUUAUAUGUUGUAGAUAAUUCGGACUGUGAGAUUCUGCAGGUGCCCGAUUUAAAUCUGGAGUGCUUGGUGUGCCUGUUUACCAAAGAGAACCUUUUGAUGGCAGUAAUUUAUCGUCCGCCAUGUUAUCCAAUUUCACUUUUUAAAUCCAAUCUGGUUAAAUUACUUGAUUGUGUAAAUCCCAUCAGUAACACAAUUGCUAUAAUGGGCGAUUUUAAUGAAGACCUCCUCAAACAUUCAUCAAUUUCUAAAUUAAUGGGCCAAAAUGGAUUUUGCCAGCAUGUAACACAAGAGACUACAGAGAGUGGGACAUUAAUUGACCACGUUUAUGUCAAAACAACACAGUAUGCUGUGGAUUGUGCAGUGGUGUCCACUUAUUUCAGUGACCACGAAGCCAUCCUGUGUGGUUUUCGUGGUCAAGAUGAAGGUGAUACGUUUGAUUUGGAUGUCUUGUUUGCAGAUAGUUUUGCUGACGAAGAGGGUCCCUAAACAUCAUCACAACCGUCAACCCCCAAAAUGGAUUAACUUGCUGGAAUACAAAAGACCAUAUAACAUGCAUGUGAAAAAGUGCAAUAUAUUUAU